UAGAAAUAUGUUAAGACUAUAGAGGUGGUAAGACCGGUCGUGCGGAUAAAAUAUUAUACUGCAGUUAAAUGUUAUGCCGCAGAGAGAUGCCCAGAGACGCCAGUUGAGCUGGAGCUCCGGCGAUGAGUUCAUCUCCGAUUACUAUUCGACAUUAUAAUAUUGCACCAUCUCCACGGCUAUUCAACAUGUUUGGCACGAAGUUGCAAAGAAGAACGUUGGAUUUACGAUAUAAUGAGAUGUGGAACGAUUGGGACGGCAUGGAUGAACACCAAACGACGAAAGAGUCCAUACACGGACAUUUGGUGUUGUCUUGGAAAAAAAUUAAUGUACAAGUGAAACAAACUACCCAAAAGUUUUUCCAGCCAUCAAAAACUUCCUACAAGCAAAUAUUACACAACGUUAGUGGAAACGUACAAUGUGGAAAUCUUCUAGGAAUAAUGGGUCCAAGUGGUUCUGGAAAAACUACACUGAUGGCCACCAUAAGUCACCGAACUAAAGGAAAUUUCGAAGGAGAAUUAUUGCUUAACGGACAACCAAUAUCUGAAGAAGUCAUGAUUAAGAUAUCUGGUUUUGUUCCGCAACACGAUAUCAGUUUUGAUCAGUUGACAGCAUUAGAACACUUGUCUCUGAUGGCCAAUUUGAAAGUUUCUCGCAAAACAACCAAAAUGGAAUUGAAAGAACACAUCGAUAAAAUAAUUACCACGUUGGGUAUGAGUAAGUUCUUGGAUACGAAAAUAUCGUUUUUGUCUGGAGGAGAACGGAAAAAAAUUGCUCUCGCAGUUCAACUAUUAAACGAUCCACCAAUAUUGUUUUGUGAUGAAAUAACAACAGGUCUGGACAGUUACUCAGCCGCGCACAUUGUGAACACUUUAAAAGCUGUCGCAAGAAUGGGUAAAAUUGUGAUAUGCACCAUUCAUCAACCGGCGUCUGGUGUGUUCGGAAAAUUCGAUGAAGUAAUUUUGCUAUCGAAUGGACGGUUAGCAUAUCAAGGUCCUGUCACCAUGGUCAAUCAGUUAUUUAAAAAGUUCAAUUAUGAAUGCCCAGAUAUGUUCAAUGAAGCUGACUUUGUGAUUUCUAUUCUUAAUUCUGAAAAUGAAAAAGUGAAAGAAAAUGUAAUGGAAAUGUGCAAGUUAACUUCAACGGACCAACAAACGAAGCUAAACUAUGAUUUGUUUAAUAAUCAGACUCAAUUUGAUACUCAACAUUUAGAAGCGUUAGAAACACUAAAACCCACAUGGCUAACACAGUUCAGUUUGGUUUUGAAUAGAUCAAUCAAAUGCUUUUUAAGAAAUUACAAGAAUAAUCUAAUGGAACUGGGAACAAUUUGGUUUUUAGGUAUCAUUAUUUCAGCUCCAUUUUCGAAUCUGAAGCUCGAUACCAAAGCAGUACAAAAUUGGGAAGGUUUUUGGUUAAUAUUUGUCAUUAACUUUGUGUUCCACUUCAGUUAUUCCGCUAUCUCAACAUACCAAGUAAAAUUUUCAAUUGUCCACCGAGAAGUUCACAAUAAAGUAUAUCCAUUGAGUGCAUAUUACAUGUCUGAAUUGAUGAUAGUGGUUUUUUGGAUCAUGGUAAAAAUUCUAUUUUACUGUUUAUCUGCGUUUUGGAUUGUUGGUGCUGAUUGGGGUACCAUGCAACUAUUGGUGUUUUAUUUAUUAGCAUUUACAGCCUUUUCAUAUGGAAGUUUUUUGUCAGCCUAUUUUGUUCGUCUAGAAAACACUAUGAUAUUUGCAACAAUAUACGAUUUUCUGACAUUGCCUCUAAGUGGUGCUUAUCUAUCAUUUAUGUCUUUACCAAAAGCGAUAUAUUCUCUAAGAUACUUUUCGCUAUUCUUCCUUGGUUGUGAAAUAGUUUCAGUUUUAUUUUGGGACAGAAUUAAAGUUUUACCGUGUGUUGAUGUUACUAAUUGUUUGGAUAGCGGGAAAGCAGUGUUAAGAAAAUAUGGCUAUAUAAGUAGUGAAAUAUAUUCAGACAUGUUGAUAUUAGUUAUAUUUAGCCUAAUAGCAAAUAUAUUAGGCUACUUCAGUGUUCUUAAAAAAAUGAAAAAGCAACCAGCCUAUUAAAAUGUAAAUGUUUUCAUUUAUGUAACAAAUAUAUAUAAAUAUAUAAAUGUAAUUAACUAUACAUACUAUGUAAUAUCAAACAAAAUAUUUUAUACAAGUAUUAAACAUUAAUAAGAAUAUUAUUAUACUUUCAUCAUCUAAAUAAUUUGUAAUUGUAUAUAUUCGAUAUUACUCAAAUGUAGUUAAUAAAUGGAACCAUGCUCAAUUUUGUAAAAA